AAGAUGCUCUGACGUCACGCUGUAGAAAUCUUUUCCUGUCUCUCAGCCGGUUUGCAGCUGACAGUCCGCUCAAGUUACCGGAGAGAGAAGCUCCCCACUGCCGCCUCCCGCUGCUGCCCGGUGACCAUGGAAGCGUCCAGGAGUUUCCAAAGAGGACGUCGCUCCACAACUCGGUGCGCAGCGGUGACCGCGUCUCCAGCUAAUGAAGUGAGGACGUGGAGCUCAGAGAGAUCGUGUUAAUGCGCUCCGUGUUUGACUAGAUGAAGUUUGCUCAUGUAUUCCUGCUCUCAGCUCAGCCCCUGAAAACACAACCAGAGAAGAAGAAGCGCAAAAUCCAAUUAGAAAACCAUGCACUGUUCAUGUCCAUGGAGAGAUGGCAUGCGUGCUCCUCCUCAGUCGACUUCUGCCCUUCUCACACCGGCUCAGAGGGACGUCCGUGUGCUUAUUAUCCCUUUUCCUCUCAUAUUUGUGCUACUGUGCUCUGUUCCCUGACAGCACCGUCAUGCCAAAGUCAGGUGAUCCGACGCCAAGCUGCGAGCGCGCCGAUGGAGCCAAAAGGCUGCUUCAGAGAUCCGUCUCCUCCUGCGUCUCGCCGUUGGAUGCGAGGACGAGCAGCGUGGAGGCAUCUCGACUGAAACCCGACCAAAGAGCCCGUUCCUCCGUGCACACCGACACGCCCAGCCCUCCCAUGAGUAAUCUAAAGUUCGGCAAUAAAAAGUUACCCAAUGCCAUUAUAGUUGGAGUGAAGAAAGGAGGCACCAGAGCGGUUCUGGAGUUCAUCCGCAUCCAUCCGGACGUGCGCGCUGCUGGCACCGAGACGCACUUCUUCGAUAGGAACUAUGACAGAGGCCUGGAGUGGUACAGAGGUCUAAUGCCAAGGACGCUUGAAAGCCAAAUCACAAUGGAGAAGACGCCAAGCUACUUUGUGACUAAAGAGACGCCUCACCGGAUCUCUGCCAUGUCCCAAGACACCAAACUCAUCGUGGUGGUGCGAGACCCCGUCACUCGAGCGAUAUCAGAUUACACCCAGACUUUAUCCAAAACUCCCGACCUGCCCAGCUUCCAGGAGCUGGCCUUCAGAAACCAGAGCCUGGGCAUUGUGGACAUGUCCUGGAACGCCAUUCGCAUCGGCCUGUACGCUUUACACCUUGAAAACUGGCUCCGCUACUUCCCGCUGGCUCAGAUCCACUUUGUGAGCGGCGAGCGUCUUAUCACGGAUCCAGCAGGGGAGCUGGCUCGGGUGCAAGACUUUCUCGGACUAAAACGCAUCGUCACCGACAAACACUUCUAUUUCAACCGCACCAAAGGCUUCCCUUGCCUUAAAAAGCCAGAGAGCAGCGGUUCGCCUCGCUGUCUUGGCAAGUCCAAGGGCAGAACUCACGUGCAGAUAGACAGGGAUGCUAUCGAACAGCUGCGGGACUUCUAUCGACCCCACAAUGUCAAGUUCUAUGAAAUGGUGGGACAUGAUUUUAAGUGGGAGUAGAGGUUUGAGACUUAUUUUUACAUGGCACAGGAGAGAUUUAUUUAUUCCACAAAUGUUCUUUGAAAAAUGUUUUGCCUUCAGUAAUGCGUCGUGGCUAAGGCGAGUAAGUAACUAUCAGCAGUCUCCAGACAGUUUUUCGAGCGAAACAGCGGAGGCAGUGUUAUUCUUUGAAGUGACUCUAAUGAACGGAGCCAGAUCUGAGAUGACAUUGCCUUUUGCACUUGUAAUGAUCACUUACCAGCAUCAGCACCCUGUUUCUCGCUAGAUACAGCCAUCAUUUCAGCUUCAGGAUCACGUGGUUUCCGUUUGUGUUACUGUACAUUGCUGCUGACUGGAUUGCUGACUGCUUCAUAAAAAAAAGAGAGAAGGAGAGAGGAAAUUCCAGGGAAUGGGAUUAGUUCUUCUUAAAAACUGCUUCACUAAUCAAGGCAGGGUUGAAAGCAAGACCUUGGAAAAUGUCAGUGAAGUCUUCAGGGAGAGCAGAAUUAAGCUGCAGCGCUGUGGUGGUAAAUCCAAAAUGUAAAGCCAUGAGGCAAGUAUGAAGUAUAAGUACUUACUGUUCAGAUUUUACAGAGUGAAAGAUAUUUUAUUUUCCAUUCUUGCCGGCAUGAAUCAGAUAAGUUAGAACACGCUGUAAAAAGCAGCGCCUCACUUUGGAUCUCUUUGUAUUCUGUGCUUUGUUUGCUAAAAUUCAUGUUUUUUAUUUUGUUACAAGAGCAUUUAAUCACCGAAUUAACCACAAUGCUUGUCCAUGAUCCACAUUAAAUGAAACAGAAGCACAAUUUAUGAAACUGUCUCAUCCAAAGCUUUGACCUUGGUAAACUGAACACAAAAACCCCCCGUCUGUUCUCCCUGUCUUUAUUUGAUGCUUAAAAAACACAACACACCAGAACUGAAAAUUUCACAUCACCCAAAUAAUCUGAACCUGCAAAUUACCUCCCUUUAUUCACAUCUAGCUUGCACGGUUACGGUUCAGACCACCACCCUUUGAGGUUUUAUUGCAUUCUGUAAGGUUUGUUGUGUGCCUCGGUGGUGGUGUAGGAGCAUGAGUGGGUGUAGGUGUAAGGAAUUUCAAUCACUUUUCAAAGACAAAGCAGGGAACACCUAGUUGUGGCGGGUUAUCAAAUAGAUUCCGGGACUGCGUUCCACGAGAUUGCAGCGAAAAGUUUGGAUUUGGCUACACGGUGUGAAUACAAAAAGCAAGAGUGUCUGAGUUUGAGCCAGAUUGAUGCUGCAAAAACAAAGGAAAAACACUACGUGAUACAUGAGCGGGGAGAAGGAAGCAGUGUGUGGUGUACAGUUGGCUACUUACAUUCUCCAUCACGCAUAUUAGAGGCAGUGCUUUGGAUUAUGUUUUAAACAUAUGCUUUAAAUUAAAGUGUAAUUAUUUCAUUCACAGUGUACCAACAUCUAUGUUCAGUUCUACAAGAGGGAAGAACUUUUUACUUAUUAAAAGGUAACAAGGCAGGAAAAAAAAGAAAUGACAUCACAUUAUAAAUGAUUUAAAGGCUAUAGUUAGAUUGUGGAGUUGCAGUUAAAAAGUCUUAUACAUUGCAUAUAGACUGCAUUGGUUCAGCUUCUUUCGUACAAACAGAACAGGAAAGGGUUGCUCAGUAUUUUUUAUGUGUAUCACUUAACCCACAAACCUCAGAUGUAAACUUUAAGUCAUAUCUCACAGGUGCUUCAUUCUAUUAGUGCAUUUUUUUUGUGCAUUUUGUUCCUAAUGACGUCAUAUUAUUGUUUUCUGUCCAAACCAUCCAGUUCCAUCCAUGCAGUUUCAAUAGAGAGAACUAUUAAAGUUUGCCAUGAACUUGGUAAAUAAACCUAAUGUGCUCUGACAACAAGUCAAACAUUGCUCCACUACAGUGACUGCUGUCAUGAUAAACGUUUAAUGAGUAUCAGGAUAAGCAUUUAAGUUCCAUUAUGCAUGAGAUAACUAAAAUAUUGUGUCUUGCAUACGACUGACAUGGUGUGAGUGUAGGGAAGAAGUACUAAUGUAACUCUGGUUGAAGGCUGCAGAAGGUGGAGUUUGAAAGGAGAGAUAUUAGAUGUUUGCUGAGCUCCACGAUGUGAAAUAAAUGUCGAAAAUAAGUCCGUAAUAUAGUUUUAAAUGGGAUCAAAUUGGGAUUUUUUUUUAGGACAACAAUGACAGUAAGGAUCAUGGUGUUACUGAAAUUUUUAGACAAACUACAGCAAUAUUCAUAACUUUAUUUGUACAGCACCCAAGCUUACAAAGUGCUUUGACAGACAAAGCCAAAGCUGGAUACCCAGAAGGCAAAAAUAUCAAAAGGAAGCCAGAUAGUGAAGCCAAACAAAGCAAAGCGGAAUUAAGUUGAAAUGAAGAUAAAAGUUAAAAGAAAAUGAAUAAAUAGAAAACAGUCAUAAAUACAAAUAAAAUAAUAAAAAAGCAAUAAAAACCUUAAUAAGCAAUAGAAGGAGGACAUCUCAUAAAAGCAAGUCGGUAAAAAUUGGAUUUUCAGAAGUGAUUGAAACGACUGAUUCUGGGAGUCUUAUCUCCUCAGGCAGGUCGCUGCAGAGUCACUCUAAAAUUUAAGCCUCAACCUUGGAACGGUUCAAAGGGCUUCACCUGAGGAUGGAUCAUAUUAGGUCAACAUUUCUGUUAUCAUGCAGCUCAGGGCCACAACCAGACGGGCUGCUCUUAAAACUCCAAAUGGACAGGGAACCAAUGGAAAUGUAAUGUCGUCUGCUAAAACCUGCAUAAAUAUAACAAGAAAUCAUUUCACUUGAGAGUAAUACCAGAAUCAAACAAUGCUACAUAAGGUUUAAAGUACUAUUGUGUAUUGUACUACAUGCAUAUUAAUUAACUUUACGUUUCCGAAAAGAAAAAUCAUCAUCAGUUACACAGCUGAUAAUAAAUUAGUUAACUUCUGUUAUAA